GUAUGUUUGGCGAAGUGAUCUGAAGGGGGAAUUUCGGCGAUUGGAGAUAAAGAUCAAAGCUUAGGCCUUGGCACUGAGGCAUCCAUCUGAAUUUCUGCGCAUCAGUGCAGUGAAUGUGAAGAUAACAACACCACCCACGCCCCAAAUCGCAAGAACUGCAUCUCCUGCCGACCCAAAUGCCUUGCGCAACACAUCUCCGCCGAUAUCUUCACCCUAAUCGACGACCGUGAUGUCGGAAACUCCAGAAGCACCACCUGGUGCGCAAUUCCAACCUACCCCUCUAGAGCCCCUCCUAGAAACUCCGACAAUGCCAGGUCGAGAAGAGGAAAGCGAUUCAGACGAGUGGGAAUACGAGUAUUCAACAACAGAAACUGAGGUUUGUAAAUUUUCAGUCAAUUGUUCCGUGUCACAAAAUGCUGAUUUGUCUCGAAUUAUAGACAUUCUAUCUCUCUGUUGACCUUACCGUCCCUGAAGAGCCCAUCAAGCAAGAGCCACGGUCAACCGCGCCUGUGGAAGAUACUAGCGUAUGGCUCAAUCCUAUGUUGGGAAGAAUCAACAGACAAUUGGCGCCUCCUACGACCCCAAAUCCUUCCGCUCCCGAAUUUCGAACUGCUGGACACAAAGGUCGUAAAGACGGGGCCAAACAGAACCCAGAUGGAACGACAGAUGAUUCUUUCUCGUGGAAGCCAGACUUCGCAUAUGAUCCCUCCGAAAUUCAGAUUUUGGGCUUGGAGAGCAGAAAGCCUGUCAUAUCCUUUUGCGGCCGUCUUUUCCAAUGCGAAUGGACUGAACACAUAGGCUCAGAAUUACUUUUCACCCGGCGUACUGAGGAGCUGGAAGAUCUUCCCAGUAUACGCCACCUCCAUGGAAAUAUUGACCUUCUCUGUAUAAACGCAGCUCGGCUGGUCUCUGAAAAGUUGGACACAGAACGUGUGAAGCGCAGUUUACCAAAGGAUGUUAAAAGACGUCUUUCGCGACGAUAUGAUAACAAACUUAGCGACUCAGAUACCGCAAGUCAAACCUUCUUCCUGGACAAACUUGCAGAAGCCAAGCGAGAAAAAGGCGAGAAAGAUAUCAUCAGCGCAGUGGUGGAAGGAAGACCGCAUAAUCGAGAUUGGCACAGAUUCGUGGAAAGACGUCUGAUGGAUGAGAGAGCUUACUGGGAGGAUAUUCUCGAGAAUGGACACGAUGAAGAGGAGUUGGAGGAUGCUGCGGCACGAUUAGAGGAGAUAGACCGCGAGCAGGGCAUGACUCAACCGCGGGAAAAAGAUACAAGAGUCAAGAUUUCACGUGAAAGAAAGAGUUUGAAGCAUCUUCGACCACCUGGGGCCGAUCCUGAUGAAGAAAAAAGGCUGAGAAAGAAGGGACCUGACGGCAACUUCUAUGAGGUUGGUGGGCCUUCUGUUCGUCUUCCGAGCCUCCCCUCUGACUCAGGAGAUGACCGGUCGGAUGAGGAUCGAAGUAUGGAUGAAGACGAAGAAAUGGGCGAGGUCUAUGCUUCUGACGAGGAGAUGUUGGACGGCAAUGAUGAAGAUGGGGGAUAGAAUGGGGUUUUCGUGGGAUCUAUGAUGCGGAUGAUGAUAUUGCAAUGGGUAUGAUUCAUUCAUCAUAGACCAAAUGAAAACCAAAAAUUGCAAGAGAUAAGUAAUACUCAUCCGUUUUCUAAUUUACUUGCAUUUUCGAAAGGUCGGCUUGCUUCUCUUGCUUUAACUUACAUCACUCGCAUGGUUGUGUGCCCUAUCUACACUUCUAUAUUGGUCUAUUAAUGCAUUCUCGUUCCUUCCUAGGGCUCUGAUUCAUCAACGCGAUAGACUAUCCUUGGCAUGAAGGGCUAAGUAUCUGUGUCGAUUAGCGGCAGAUACUAAAAUCAUGGUAUCAUCUACGUUAGCUUAUGAGUCAGUGCCAAGAAGUAGAACCGUGACGGAAUGGCUAGG